AUGGCUGAAUCGUUGAUCUUAUGCACUUCACGUCACACACUGACAGACAGACUGCUCGCUUCAGAGAGAGACUCUUUACUUAACCAGCAUCUCUUCAUUUUCUCAUUACCUCUCGAAGUGCAGCGCCAUAGUAUCCAACAUCAUCCCAGCCAACGGAAAGAUGAGAAGCUUGAUAUGCUGAACCUCAACCAGCGCCUGGAGACCUACUUGGGCCGCGUGAGGCUGCUAGAGGAGGAGAAUGAGCUGCUACGCCAGGAGAUCCAGACCUUGAAAGGCAGCAGCCAGGGGGGGCAGAUGGGUCUGGAUGGCAAAUUGAGGCUGGCCAGGCAGGAAGUGCACGAAGCCUGGAGGGAGAAGGACCGGGUAGAGCUGGAGCUAGGGAGCCUGGGUGAGGAGCUCCAAACCCUGGGGCUGCAGAGGCAAGGGGAGGCUGAUGCCCAUGGGGAGGUGAAGAAGAAGUUGGAGGAGAGCAGGAAGCAGAUGGAAGAGGAGAAGAGGGCUCAGGUCUGGCUUAGAGGGAAGGUGAGCCAACUAGAGGAACAAAUCCAGUUCCAGAUACAAACCAACUUAAAGGACACACUUAUCCAUGUCACACCUCCACCACCAACCCAUAGCGGCACCCAGCUGCCCAACCUCCAGGAGCUGGGUGUGGAGUACUCCCAGAUGGCGGUCAGGGUGUGGCAGGAGGCGGCUGUGCUGUAUCAGGUCCAGGUUCUCUAUCAUUUAACUACUAUACGUAGCCGCUAAAUUCUUAUACUGGAAAAGAUGGGCUGAUCUGGACAUGGAUUGGUGUUGAGAUGGAUUAACUUCUGACAAGAUUCUAGUAAAUAACUUUUUUCUCCUCUCUGUCCAGUUCUUCCAUGGUGCAU